UUUCAUUCCGUUUCACGAACAGUGAGCUACUAUAGCUAAUACAUUAUAGCUAUACACAGUGUUGAUAUCUCAGGGCUACAAAGCAGUGAAAGGUUUAAACCACACGUCUGUUUAUGGACAUUUUUGAGAGCAGUUAUGACUGGGUGCGACUUCAGAGACACACGCUCGCUUUGGGAGACGUAAGCUAUUUUAGCAUUAGGGUUUAGCAUUGGGUUGCUAGUCUUUGACAUUACGCAGGGCCGCGGAGAAAUGCAAGCUCUUCCUGGUUAACCUAUUGUAAGAGUUUUGUUUACGUAAAGUAAUAUUUGGAGUGGUUUUGCUGGUUUGAGACUGCAAACAAGCAAUUUGCGUUACUUUGAGUAGAAAAGCUUGCAAGCUACAUAGCUUGUUAGCUGAGUCGUUAGCAUGAGUGAAGUGACCGACUGCAAAGCGUCUGCUGACUCUGCCUCAAGGAAACGCUGUCCAUCACCGAAGCGAGAUGAGGGUGACCCUGUGCCAAACAAGACCCGUAAAGUAAGCGACGAAUUGGCCGAGACGAAGGUAACCACGGAAAAUGGCAAAAACAUUGAGUCGGACUGUAAAGAUGCGGAAGGAAGUGUGUCUAGUGAGAGAGAGGUUGUAGAGAGUGGUUCUGAGAGUGCAGAUGCCACUAGUUCACAGACAGUUCCUAAUGUCAAUGCAGAUGGGCAGGAUGUCAAAAACUGUGAUAAACCAGAGAGCUCAGGUGCACAGGAAGAGCGAGAACAAGAGAAGCCUCCAACUCCUCUGCAUCAGCUCGAGUCUGCAGCCAUAGCCGCUGCAGAGGCACUGGCCAGUCUCACAGGGAGAGACGGGGAGGAGAGCCAGGAGGCAACAUGCUCCUCUGAAAAAGACAAACAUGGGAAACAGUUAAACAAGUCUAAACUGCGUGUGAACACCAAAACCCAGGCAGCAGCAGCAGACAGCUCCACAUCCAUGCACAGCAGCGGCAAAGAGGAUGAGGAGGAUGAAGGAGAGGCUGAGGAGGAGGAGGAGGAGGAAUCCGUGCCCGGGUCUUCCUCCACUCAGAGCUCAUCUUUUGCUUCUGAAAAUGAAGAGAACGAUGAUGGAGAGUGCGCCAUAGUGUCAGUGAAGAUGGCUCCAGAGAUGAGGCAGUCGGUGACUCUUUUGGCUCAGGUUCAAAUGAAGUUGGAGGCUUUAGAGAAGAAGAGCGCUAAACUUCAUCAGCGCUUAGAUAUCAAGAUAAAUCGCCUUAGACGCCCACAUCUAGACCAGCGCAGCUCUAUUGCCAAAACCAUCCCUGGCUUUUGGGUCACGGCUUUAUUGAAUCACCCGCAUUUAUCUGCUCACAUUGAUGAAACUGAUGAAGAUGCUUUGAGCUACAUGACUGACUUAGAGAUUGAAACAUUCAAAAAUAACAAGUUGGGAUAUAGGAUUCGAUUUCACUUCAGGAGAAAUCCAUAUUUCCAGAACAAUAUAAUCAUGAAGGAGCUUCACCUUGGAAUGGGAGGAUCUCCCAUGUCGUACUCUAACCCCAUUCUGUGGCAUCGCGGGCAUAACCUGACUACCCACAGCGAGCCCAAGAAAACUGGACGUGGAGUCUACCAGACGUUUUUUAACUGGUUUAGUGACCACGGCAACCCAGCACAAGAUGAUGUAGCACAGAUUCUGAAGGAUGACUUGUUCAGAGACCCACUCAGAUACUACCUCACACCGCUGUGGGAGCCCAGGGAAAAUGGAAGUAGUGCCAGUGGGACCAGAGCCGCCGGCAACGGAAAGGAUGAUGGAGAUGAGUGUGUGGUGAUCUCCGACUCUGACGAUGAGGCUGGAGCAGAGGGCAGUGAGGCAGAAGGAGACCAGAGCAGCCAAGGAGAGGACAGAGAGGAGGAAGAGGAAGGGGAGGAGGAAGAAGAGGAGGAAGGAGAGGAGGAGGAGCAUGAGGAACAGGAUGAAGGCAUGAACCCAGGCGCAGAUGAGAGUCCAGCAGAGGAGGAGGAUGAAGCUGGGGAAAUAGUAAUUGAUGGCUCUGAUGAGACGGACCAGGAAGAUUCUUAAAUGGAUAACCUUUAAUGUGAUGAAGAGGCAUCACUGAGGGACCAGAAGAAUUAUGUAAGGAAAUAAUAUGCACAAAAAUAUUUUUUUCUACCUUGAAAUCUACAUUUAAAAUCAGGUUUGCAAAUAAGCCAAGCCACGGUGUUGUGUUUCCCCUGUAUUUUGUACUUAACAUUUUGAUAAAUAAUUUUAUUAUAAUGAGACAAAAUUCACAUUAUAUAGACAGUUUAUUGUUUCACAUGUUUGGCAGGUACAAAGUUAAACCUGUACUCUCACAACUUGUCUGUCUCCUCAAUCAGAAGAUUUUAAUCAAGCCAACAUACUCUUAUUUAAGCUUGACAGACUGUUGCUGUCAUAAAUUAAAGUGUACUGAGUACCAACCAAAUUAGUUCUCAGGGAUAAUAAUGUUUGAGUGUCACUGAGCUAUUUAGAGACUUGUUUUUUCUGUAUUUUACAAUGUGUACUCUACUGUUGUAAACAAACACGAACUUGCUUUUGUCAUGCAACACUUUCUUUUAAAACCUCACCUUGGUUAUUUCAAACAGAUCAUGCUGUUAAAUUAUCUGUUCACCUAUGUGUUUUUCCUUAUGUGUAAUUUACAUUGGUUGCUUUACGUUUGUCUGUAUUUUAUAUUUUUUUUUAAUUUUUGGUGUGUAUAGACAUAAUGUAUUUUUGUGAAUAGACCUGUUUAAUUUUCCAUGCAGUGUGCCAUGGAAAGUAAAAUAAUUCACUGUGCACAAAUUUACCAAUGUACAUUUCAAAUACAGGAGUGCACUGUAUUUUACUAAAUUAAUUGUAUUUACUUAUCAGUGACUGGUAAAUUCGGUUUUACAUUUUCAGGGAAAGACACCAGGGCUGGGCAAUAUGAGCAUAAAUGUAUAUCAUGGUGUAAACAGGAAUAUUUACAAUAAUAAUAACAAUAACUAAUAAUUGUUGGUAUAACUGACAAAAUACUGGCUUGUUUCUGGAUAGCCAAGGGUUUUAGAAAUGAUGAAAAUGUAGGACAGUUGCUAUAGCAAUUAGCAAUUUAAAACAAAAUAUAUAUGGGAAAAUAACCUAAAAAGGUUGCAUAUAACAAGAAGCUGAAAUCCAUGAAUAGUUAUUACGAGUUCUUCCACUCCUUUCCUUUUUCUUUCAUUAUUGGUUUGACUGCAGAACAUGUGCAGUUACUCUGCAGUUUACCACAUUUUAUACUGCCCCAAAUUCAAGCAACACAUCAUGAGCCAUAUGAUAUUGCCCAGCCCUAUAAGACAUUGCUAAUCCUUUUAACAGUCUUUUUUCAUGAACCUGAUUUAGAAAGACUAUUUUGUGUGAUGUGUUUUAUAGAAAACUGUAGUGAAGAACAUUUUGUUGCUUUGAUAUAUUUUUAAGAUACAUGUUUCACCUUUCCACUGAUACUUAAUAAAACGGCCAGUUGUUUGAUUUGA